GGCGUUUUGACUUUCGUAUGACGUCCUGUCAUAGUUACCCCUAGGCUUCCCCAGAGAGCAAAUGGAGGACAACAAUACAGAAAAAAGUAACAGGUCGGAGGGACCUAUGUCAGAUGGGGAAUAUAUCAGAAAGACAGACUACAAAGAAUUCGACCCAGAAGGCGAUGUUACCGAAGUCCAAAAUGGCUGUCAGCUUAUUAGCGAGAUGUUGCAACAAGAAUAUAUGAGAGACUAUAAGCUACAGCCCUCCUCGGUCGCAACGAACAACGUGCCUCGUUAUAAAUUCCCCUUUAAUAGACAUACAGUGACGAUUGGCAUAGGCAACGUAGUAAUUGACUUCGAAGUAGCUCGUAAACAACAUGAAAAAAUUCAGGAAGAUCAGAGAAGAUUUGCUGAAGAAAUAGAAAAAGUCAAAGAAGAAAUGGAAAAAGUCCGACUUAUUGAGUCGGCUUGGUAUGAUGAUUUCCUUAACAACAAAUACGUCAAUGAUCUCACAAUAGAGUUAGCAAGAAACAAGGCACGUGGAGUCGGUGACGCAUGCGCAAAAACUGAAGAACUUAUGACAGAGCCAGAGAGAAAUCAGAAAGAUGAAAAUGGCAUACUGCAUGUACGUGCCGCUGACGAAAGAAGCAGCCAGCCAACUAUAAAGCCAAAGGGGAGAUAUAUUGUCCCAUUUAAAGAAAGUAUAUCUAGUUUGCCCAAUGUGUCUAUAUAACAUUAAAAAUAGGUAUCUGUCAAAUG